CGUAAUACUGUAACGUGUUCAAACCAGUUUUCCAUACAAAUGGAAAGAACAACGCGAUCUCGCUGUAUAUACUUUUCAUCAGUCGAGUUUUGUUUCACUUUUAGUAAAGUUCUUCUCUUGUUUCGUUUACUUUUUAAUCCCGCCAAUUUUUUACAGUAUUUUUUGAAACCAUGGAAGUGUUUGUGUGGUGCUCGAGCUGAAUUUUUUUCUUUCGUUUUAAAAAUGUGUAUUUUAUUUUUUACCAUUUUUCAUCGUAAAAAACCCAACUUAAGGUUUAAUUUUCAUUAUUUAUUGAGUACUUCGUGUGUUGGGUAGCGACGAAUAUGAACAAAGUGUUGAUAAAUUUUAAUAAAGUGUGAAAAAUGCGAUGGAUAUCUCGAUUGAUAGUAUUUUUAUCUGUUUUUAUUAUUUAUUUAACUAUAGAUGUAUCCGGUUUACUUUGGGAUUCAGAGGAUUCGUUUUGUGUAAUGCGAAGGGAGGAUUAUUGUCCUGAUAAAGAUAUCAGAUUUUACCUAUACACGAGCGAACAAAAGACUCGCAGAGAGAUCGAUACCUCGUUUAGAUAUUCAUUGCUGAAGUAUGGUUGGAAUCCUAAUAAGAAAAAUGUUAUCGUUAUCCACGGAUUCAACGGUACUGAGAGUAAAUCUCCUAUGACCAUUAUUCGAGAUGCUUAUCUGAACAGAGGAGAUUAUAAUGUGUUCACUGUGGAUUGGAGUAUCCUGACAUUUUUCCCUUGUUACCUAUCUUCUUUAAGUAAUACCCGGUUGGUGGCUCAAUGCACAGCUCAAUUUUAUUCGCAUUUGACCUACAACGGAGCUUCAGCUUUCAAAAUACAUUGCGUUGGGCAUAGUUUAGGUGCUCACAUUUGUGGCAUGAUGAGUAAUCAUUUAUCUCACAAGAUGCAUAAAAUCAUCGGUUUAGAUCCAGCCCGACCUCUAGUCGAUCGAUACGGCUCGGAUAAUUUCCGAUUGACGAAAAAUGACGCGAAUUUCGUCCAAGUCAUCCACACAAACGCCGGCCUUUUAGGGGAAACACCCCAAAUCGGACAUGUGGACUUUUGCGUCAACGGAGGCACAAUGCAGCCGAGUUGUCAAAGAGAAUCGCAAAUCAUCAGAAGAUCGAGAUGCAGUCAUUUCAUGAGCGCUUGCUUCUUCGCAGCUACUGUGACUGAUCGUCAUAAACGAUUCAGAGGCCUUCCGUGUACCACCGGUUGUAGAAAUCUACCCGGAUUCAAAGGUGUAAAAGGAGUUGCCAUGGGAGAACAUACGCCCGAAAAUGCUCGAGGUAUUUUCUGUCUGAGAAUGAUGGAUAACAAAAAAUGUCCUUUUGAUUAAACGACAUUUACUUUACUGGCAAACAUAAUAUGCUGAAGUGGAGUAGGCGUUCUCUCUUUUUUUUCGAAACACGUUCCAUUAUUCAGCGACGAAUCAAUUAAUAAUGCAGCUCAAUUGUUGGAUUACCAUUUUUUUUGUACUUAUUUGAUGUUUUUUUUUCUUUUUGCAUAUAUUCUAUGAUUGAUCAUGUGUAUUAUUUAUAUUUUUCAUUUCAUUUCUUUUUUUUGCUAUGUUAUUUGUAUGAAUUGUGUCAUGUAAGUAGAUACUUUCAUUUUAAAAUCAAAUUAUCUAGUUUUAAGGUCUAUACUUAUAGUAAUCGUUGAACGCUUUAUUUAUGCAAUAUAUGUUGUUGUUUUUUUAUUAUUUUUUUUCCUAAAA